CCGGCCGUAUGUGAGGCUACCGGUUGCUCCGUUAGCCGGUAGUCUCUUCAUUGGCUUACUAAGUUCGGCUUCGUCCGCCGCGUCGAUGUCUUUGGACUCAACCUCCUGAGACCGAGGAGCAGGACCAGGGGUCCAAUGUGAGCGUUGGACUUGAUCCGUGCAACGACUGCAUGGCGACGGACGAUUCUUGAAUGCGUUCUGUUCUCUUGCUGCCGUCGUUAGAUGCGCUUCGCUCUGCCUGAAAUGGACCCCGCGAUGCCCGUGCCGCCCCUCGCUCUUGCUGGCUCACCUGUGGCUUUAUCCUCAGCACAUUCUCUAUGCCCCCACGUUGAUCGGCCCAGGAACUGGCCGAAAGCGCCUCAAGGGUCAUCCCCUCGCAUUGCGGCCAUCCUCCGAGUCCAUGACGUGUCAGGUGGCCUUGGUCGCGGAAGCAAAUCCGAUGCUCAACAGCCAGUCGCUUGUCCACGACCCAGUCAGACCCAACCGGAUAGAGACCCGCGCCAGUGAUGUUAAUUCCCCCCACCCCGACCUGUUAUCUUUCCGUUGUUCCCGCCGUCAACAUCGACGACGAUGUCGAGGGCGCGCAAGCCCA